AAUGUCAUUUAAUUUAACUUCUUGACAGACAUGAGCAAAAUGUUGCUUCGUUUUUUACUCGUCGUCGCCUGCCUUCACAUUUGCCGUAGUUUCGUUCAGGAGAUCACCUUCUACACAAGGCCUGGCUCGAUCUGGGAAGCAAAAACUUUCACCUCGAAAGAACCAGAUCUCACGCUAUAUCAACCCCUACUGGCGGACGUUACGUCAUAUUGCGCUAGAGGAUUCUGGCGAGGAUUCCAUUGGCCCAAUUACCACAAUUUUAAAUUCAGGACCACGGCAUAUGAUGGUAAUUUAUUUUGCGAGAACGUCACCCUUCCUACCAUGAUGUCUUUGAGGUAUCUGGGCCCUUUGGACGUAUCAACUCCUUCCUUUUCAGUCUACGGUGGGACUUACGAGUCCAAUUGGGGCGGAGAAGAAAAGACAUUUACAGGCUUGAGGGCGAACGAUUUUGGAUUUCCUCCCAAAGGGAUAACGAUUACUGGAGGGUCAAGUUGGACUGUGUUUAGUAACAACAAUUACACCGGAACCGCUACAUGUUACAACAGCUCACUUUUGAUUUACAAACGAAAGUCCCUUAAGAUGGAUUAUGUCAGCGGAGCAAGGGUGCCAAACGUGACAGGGCACGGAAUGCUCUUUAUGAGAUAUUAAACUGUAUAGCAUGUAUUUAUGUCAAAAUUUGGAAGAAUUACAAUCCUACUAAAAUUUGAUUGGAAAUAAAAAUAUGGUUGUGCAUACGUA